AUGGCUCAACGUUACACAAAGGAAGAAAAAGGAAAGUUCCAACAGACAGAAAAUAAUGAAUCCAGCAUCAAACGAAUUUCUACAGAACAAGAGGGGAGACCAAUUUCAACAGACCUUCAGGUCUCUACAGAGGUGCUGUCCCAUACCCUCGUUCCCCACACUUCGAGAAAACAACAGUCAGAGGAAGAGAUCUUAAGAGACCUCAAUGAUGCAACGAGAGCAUACCUGAGCUGCUCAGACCCAACAGAAGCCGCGGCAAGAAGACAGAGAGUCAGGGCCGGAGAUGCAAGCGGAGAGACAAAAGAGACCGCAGCUGCUUUAUUCAAAGCGCAAACCAGCCUAUCAAAUAACCUACCUCCGAAUCAACCCUCUCAGAACCCUGUCAGAUACCUUUCAAAAGAGCAGGUUCUGAAAGACCUCGAAGCAGCGACUAUGCAGUACCUUAGCUGUCCUAACCCCACUGAGGCUGCGGCUAGAAUGCAACGUGUCCUGUCAAGUGAGGCUUCAGGCCUAGUGGAUGCAACAGCAGAUUCCAUCCUAGCUGCAGAGUUAACCCCGAGAAAAUCACUCUCACCGUGGGAGAGAGGUAUAAAAUCAGUAAGUCCAGUUGCAAACAACUCCCUCUUUGGAUUAAGACUGGACCAAAUCUUCAGCCCUAUACCUCAACCUCUGACAGAUCUGGGACUUGAUCCAUACUACAGUGAUGCUCCUGCUCAAGUUAACUUCCUGUCCCCCAGAGAAUAUAGUAAAACACCUGCUCGGCUCAGGUCACUAAUCAUUUUCCCUCAUUUGACAGCUGACGAUGCCCCUCCAUUGAACCCUCGAAGGCCUAUUUUACGGGAGGAAACUCCUAUCAAUGAAAGCCAGACAAAAAGGCAAAGGAGGAUAUCGACUAGACAAUCAAGAAAGAGGUCACCUGGAGGAGGACCUAAUAUCCUCCUUGGCACUAGUUCAAAGAAGAGAAAUCUCUCUCAAAUCCAGUACUCACCAGGAAACACAAAAACGUAUAUGUCAAAAGAACAAAAGAGAGAUCCACGGGACUCAAUCUUCCAGCUACACAUUCUUUCUUCUCUAUAG